GCUGCAGCAAUAUGGCCGCUCAUUAUUGACUCGCCAAUUUGGAGGGAAACUCGCUGCAGUAAAUACACGUUUUUUCGAGAUUUCUACAGACUUUUACUUGCCAAUUUGGAGGAAAACUCGCUGGAGUAGAUACACGUUUUUUCGAGAGACAAUGCCAUAACUUGGAAGAUCAUCGCACGUGUAUUGUAUACAUGCUAUAUGCAGAUCCAACAGGCUAUUAGAAAAACUUUCGCUUUGUGCAGCUGCAUGAAGAUUGUAUGAUCUAGAGGUGAUCUGGAGAGGUAAUCAGCAAACAGCAGGUGUAUAUCAAGGCUUCAGUUUUCAACGUCCAAAGUUCAUUUGUCUGAUCUGGAGAGGUUAUCGUUGUGCAGCAAAUAUCAACAGGUGCUUCAUCAAGGCCUUAGUUUUUGACAUCCAAGUGUAUCAAACAGUAUAAUGUCGGAGACUAUGAAAAAAUUUGCUAUUAUUGAAGAUAAAGACGGUCAAAAACAUGUUGUGCCAUCUUUAUGGAUAACCCUUGAUAAGAAGACGUUAAUGUGGCCUCCAAUCAUUGAGCCAGAAAAAAUAAAAAAACUUGCAGCUAGUUGUACAAAACCAGCCAAGGACUGGAAAGCAUAUUCAUAUACUCGAUUUAUCAAAUGAAAAGAUAACUACAUAGAUGCUGUUCAAGAAAUCAAACAAAGAUUAGUGGAUAUUCCGGAUACUAGCGAUACAGAAAAAUUGAAAGCAAGUCGAUCAAGUAGAAAUAAAAAACGAAAUUACGAUUAUAGUCCUGAAGAUGGAUUGAAAGAUAAGAAAAUGGAACGUAAUAGCAAGAAAAAUCCAAAAAAACGCUCGAGAUCGGAAAGUACUGAUAAAAAUAAGGAAUUAGACAAUUUAAAUGAUCUCUUUGAUAAUGAUGACGAUGAAAAGAGCGAUUCUAAAGAUAGUGAUGAUGGAAAGAGCGAUUCCAAAGAUAGUAAUGACGAAAUGAGCUAUCCUGAAGAUAUUGAAGAUGAGUUUCCCAAAAAGCCAGAAUCAGUCUCUCUUUUAGAAUUAAGCAAAAAUAAAGCUAAAAUAGUGCAUCGAAAAGAAAAAGUAGCCGAGGAGAAGCAACCAGGUCAAAUGAAAGACAAGAAAGAUGAUACACAAUCAGAAACUGAUUUAGACAAUGAAGCAAGAAAUCCAGCUGAUGAAAAAACAGAAAAAUCUGGUCCAACAAAUGUGUUAUUAUCUGCGCAAAAUAUGUUAAUUAGGAAUGCAAUACGAGAAAUCGAACAAACCGACCUUUCAUUUACGACAACAGAAGAAGCACUAAAAUUAAUAUUAGGUAUGCAAAAAAAAACUUUAAUUGAAGUGCACAAGAUCUCACUUAAGCAAAAUGCACUAGAUCAUAAAGUAGCAUCGUUACAAUCUCAUGGGAUGAAUCUUGGUCGAGAGGGAACUUGUGGAUCAACUGCUCUGAUAAAGAGUAUGUCACAGUACUUUCCAAUCGACGGAAAAGAGAAAAAAAUCGAAACCAUAGAAGAAAAAUUGAACUCAGAUAAGAAGUUUUUCCACUGCGUUGUGGCGCACUAGGAUAUUCCUGACAUUGGCGUGAUCAAUUUGUUUUCAUAUAUUAUAGUAAGUAAAAGUAUAUCGUAAGUAAAAGUAAUUUACAAAAUUAGGAGAAGUGGUGAUUGGGAUUCGGACAAAACAAAAAAAUCUUGCAUUCAAUUGGAAAGUUGUCUGUCAAGUAAUAUAUAUAUAUAUAUAUAUAUAAAUAGUAGUGAUAAGAUAUAUGAUCCAGCGACAAUUAAAACAUGAUUGUACUCCAAAGCAACCUUCAUUCUUUUUUAUAAGUUACAUUUAUAAUAAUUAGUUUUCAGGAUAUUAGGGCAUGUAUAGGGGUGUCAGCGAACCAAGCUAAGGCAGUGCUAUAAAAAAUAAACGAUACUUAUGACUUAAGUGGUCCACUAUUGCAUGGCGUAAAUAUCGACCUUGCUACGCUUGGGCGCUAACAUGACUAUCAAAUAUUUCGUUUCUUCAAGACUAGUAUGUAAUAAGGCUUUUUAUGACACGCCGUGGCGUAAACCUCGAUUUACCGCACGCGCGUGCAAAAAUGCACUCGCUAAAUCUCGGAUCACGCACGUUGUGUCAUAAAACAUCGUACGAUAGUUUCGUAAUAUACCAUUUCGAUAUUAGUGCGAUAAAGUGAUUCUUGUGUGUAAAUGUAUCUACUAUCUGAUACUAUCUGAUAAUCACACUCGUGCGAGAAUCACUUUGUCGCACUCUUAUCGAACAAUAUAUUAUGACAAAACGUACGAUAAAUGCUUCGUUCGCUGACGCUUGUUUACACAAGCGUGAGUAAAAGUUGCACUUAGCGCACGGCGAGAAUAUGAAUUGGAAUUAAAGGGAUAUGGUUUCGAUAUUAAUUUUGAUACAGUUUUCAAUCUAUUAAAUUAGAAUGAAAUUCUUUAUAUAAUAUUUAUAAAUCUCUCCGAGGCAACUUCUUUGCCGAUUAAAAAAAAAGGUACGCUGUAUUAAAUACGAAAUUUGAACAUAAAAUUAAGAAAACGCUUUAUUAAUAGUAUGUUCGAUAUUCCUUCAAUUCAUAUCGUUAAGAAAAUAUUAUUAAAUAAAUGUGAAAAUAAUACAUUAAAAAAUAAAUGUAUUUUUGAUAUUUUUAAUUAUUAUAUUAUUGGUAUUACAUAUAUAAAAUUAAGCCAGUAAUUUAUUUAAUAAGUUUUCUUAAAUGUUACUAAAUUAUUUAAAACAUGUUUACGAUUGUCUUACAAUUACUGUGAUUUUCAUUGAAAUAAUCUACUUUUCAAAACACAUACCACUAAAAUACAAUUUUUUAUUUAUUAACACAAAACAGGCUAUACAUCGAUUUCGGCUGUCGCGGAAUGAAAUCAAUCACCCACUAUUUAUUUUUCUUUAUAGCCAAUAAUAGUUUGAUAUCAGUCUACGAGACAUAAUGAGAAGAGGUAUACUAUGACCUAAUAACCCAUCAUAUCUCAAAUCAUUGAUCCUACAAAUAUAUGAUCCCCCAAAACCCGUAAAUCCUAAGAAUAUAAACCCCGUUAACCCACGUAUGUGCGGGGUAUGUAAACCCAUACCGCAUGCAUAAACGCUGACCUAAUUGAUAUUUAAAUAAAUUAAAAUAAAUAAUUGUUUUAGGUUGAAUUUUUUAAAAAGAAAAGCGGCGAUAAUUUGCACGACAUGACGUACAAACUGUUAGAUUAUUGCUUAACGCCAGAAAAUAUGACAAAUUACACGUUCUAUGGAGUUAAGGACAAGAAAAAAAAAUUUUCUGCCCUCACACUGUGUUCAUGCAUAUUUCUUGCCGUUGAAGCUGCGUUCCCGGUCACGGCCACCGAAGAUGCCGUUAAAAAAAGUAUCAAGUUGCGCCUGGAUACCUCAACCACCAGGUUCAAGCGUUCGUCGCAAGCUCCUGCGAAACGUGCCAAAUUCAUGCCGGUAGUGCCGAAUUUCGACGAUACUGAAGAUGAAUAAUAACAUCACAAAUGCUAAUAAAACUAUUACUUGUCUAAAACAUUAUUAAUAUAUUAUUUAUAUUAUUAUUUAUAAUUUUUUUAUUCUUAAUAAAAGUUAAUUUAACAUUA